AGUAAUAUUUUUAGGCCAAGGAACAGCCAAUAGAAUUUCGGGAUUUGAUGUAAGAAAAUGGGUUAAUAAUUUGGAUAAUGGGUUAAUAAGUAUCCUAGAAUUUGGAUAAUUUGUUUAGAUUCUCCGACCAGAGUCUAACGAUGAGUUGGCAAAUUGGCACAUGAAGAAUCGACAGCGACCUCUCUCUCUGCCAAGUGGAAUUUUAAAUAUUAGGAUUCGGUUCGGCCAUGUUCAUAAACGACACUUUAUAGUGUCAUCAAGCAGUAAAAUAAUUCUAAACUACCAAAACUUUAUGAAACUUUACAUCUGCUCUGCGUCUCAGAUCAUAUAAUAUCACUUAAAAUAAAACAGAAUUCAUAAAACUUAAUUAUAAAAAUGAGAAAAAGAGGGGGGUUAUAAAUGUCUUGAUUACAACAGAUAAACUAACUGAUUACGAGUGAGAAUGCAACACACGGAAUUCAAACGGAUUGUGGAAAACUGGAAAGUCUGAAAACGCGUUUCCUAAUUACCGGAAAGUUUUGUUCAAAUUUUUUACUUAAUUAGAAAUAAUGCACCAAUCAAUCUGUCUAUUUUAAAAAAAUCUAAAUCUAAAUCUAAUUUGCAAUUAAUUUCUUAUUUUUUUCUAUGUCUAGUUUAUUCAAUAAAGAUUUUAUUACCAUAAAUAUAUUUUAAUACAUUAUCAUUAGAGAGAAAUAUAUAAACCAACAGAGUCACAAAUGCAUCACACCUCUCGUAAAGAGACAACAAGACUGUUCCUUUGUCCUCUUGAUUCUCUCUUGUCAGAUCGAAGAGAAACAAUCUGAGAAAAUGGGUGGUCAUGGAGAAGGAGUGUCUCUUGAAUUCACUCCGACGUGGGUCGUCGCCGGAGUUUGCACCAUCAUCGUCGCGAUUUCUCUCGCCGUGGAGCGUUUGCUGCACCAUUUCGGCACUGUUCUCAAGAAGAAGAAGCAGAAACCUCUCUUCGAAGCUCUUCAAAAGGUUAAAGAAGAGUUGAUGCUGUUAGGGUUUAUAUCAUUGUUUCUGACCGUAACGCAAGGACUAAUCUCCAAGAUCUGUGUGAGAGAGGAAGUGCUAAUGCAUAUGCUUCCAUGUUCAAAACAAGAAGCUGAGUUAAGUAAACACAAAAACGUGACGACGACAACAACAGAGCAUUUUCAGUCUUUGAUCCCUAUUGUUGGGACCACUAGGCGUCUACUAGCUGAACAUGCUGCGGCUGAAGCUGGUUACUGUAGCCUUAAGGAUAAAACACCGUUGCUUUCGCUUGAGGCGUUGCACCAUCUACACAUUUUCAUCUUUGUACUCGCCAUUUCCCAUGUGACAUUCUGUGCUCUUACGGUGGUUUUUGGAAGCACCAGGAUCUACCAAUGGAAGAAGUGGGAGGAUGCGCUUGCAGACGAGAGUUUUGACCCUGAAGCAGCACUUGUGAAAAAAAGUGUCACUCAUGUACACCAACAUGCUUUUAUUAAAGAGCAUUUUCUCGGCAUUGGUAAAGAUUCAGUCUUCCUUGGAUGGACGCAAUCAUUCUUCAAGCAAUUCUAUGGAUCUGUGACAAAAGCUGAUUACGUGACUCUGCGCCUUGGUUUCAUUAUGACGCAUUGUAAAGGAAACCCAAAGCUUAACUUCCACAAGUACAUGAUGAGAGCUCUUGAGGAUGAUUUCAAACAUGUUGUUGGUAUCAGCUGGUAUCUUUGGAUUUUCGUCGUCAUCUUCUUGCUUCUUAAUGUUAACGGAUGGCACACAUAUUUCUGGAUAGCAUUCAUUCCCUUCAUUCUGCUUCUUGCUGUGGGAACAAAAUUGGAGCAUGUGAUAUCACAGUUAGCUCACGAGGUUGCAGAGAAACAUGUAGCAAUUGAAGGAGAGUUAGUGGUGAAACCAUCAGAUGAGCAUUUCUGGUUCAGCAAACCUGAGUUUGUUCUCUUCUUGAUUCAUUUCAUCCUCUUCCAGAAUGCUUUCGAGAUUGCCUUCUUCUUUUGGAUUUGGGUUACCUACGGCUUUGAUUCAUGCAUUAUGGGACAAGUAAGAUACAUUGUUCCAAGAUUGGUGAUUGGAGUCUUCAUUCAAGUGCUUUGCAGUUAUAGUACACUGCCUCUUUACGCCAUUGUCUCUCAGAUGGGAAGUAACUACAAGAAAGCGAUAUUUGAGGAGAAUGUGCAGGUUGGUCUUGUUGGUUGGGCACAGAAAGUGAAGAACAAGAGAGCCAGUAAUGGGAACGAAGGUAGCUCUAAUGCUGGUACAACCCCUAGUCCUCCUGGUGCUGGUGCAGGUUUUGCAGGAAUUCAGCUCAGCAGAUUAACAAGAAACAACGCAGGGGAGACGACACAAAAUGAGAUUACACCUGCUCAUGUCAACAACCAUUGAGUAGAGUCUAGAGAUAACUUAUCGUCAGAUUUUAGCUUACAUAUCCGGUUUUGUGGCUAUACAUAAGCUCUAGUGACUUGAUUUUUUCUUUUGAAAUAUAGAAACCAAAACUUUAAGGUCUUCUCUUGUCUCUUAAAUGCAUAAAGAACCAGAUGGUGUUUACAACUGCUUCAUAAUAAUAAUAAUAUUACAGCCA